AUGGAGAAAUUGAAAUGUUGUAUACAAACAUAUGCAUGGGGUAAAAAAGGUAUGACAAGUGAGGUGGCCCGAGUAUAUGCUAUGGGAGAUCCCGAUGUAAACAUUGAUGACAAAACUUCGUAUGCUGAGCUGUGGAUGGGUACACAUCCGGAUGGACCAUGUCAGAUUCAACGAUCUCAGAAGAAACUUUCCCAAUAUAUUGCUGAAUAUGAAAAUAGCAAUCAUAAUAAAGUUUCACCCGAAAGGCAUCUCCCAUUCAUUAUGAAACUGAUGAGCAUACACCGUAAUUUAUCUAUACAGGUUCAUCCUACAAAGGAGCAAGCGGCACGGCUAAAUGACCGUGAUCCAAUUCAUUAUCCGGAUAGGAACCAUAAACCAGAGCUUGCUUAUGCGCUUACUCGAUUUGAACUAUUGUGCGGGUUUCGACCUGCUGGUCAAAUUUGUGCAAAUCUUGAAGCUUUCCCAGAACUGAAACAUCUGAUGGGUGAGGACACAUCGCAAGCAUUCCAAAUACUUUCACGGACUGGAAUUGAUGAAGAGUGUGAAACACUGAAAUCUACCCUGGCUGUAUGUUUCAAAAAAUUUAUGAAACAUGCUAACGACUCCACUGAUAAAACGAAAUCAUUGCUCGACUCUGUUCUUACGAAGCUCAUUUGUGGAACGCGUGGAUCCCUUAGCGAAGAGACGGUAGCAGUAGUUCAGAAAAUGUCUCAAGAUUUUCCUGGUGACAUUGGCUGUUUUGUACCGCUGCUUCUCAAUCACAUUAUUUUAUCUCCUGGAGAAUGUUGUUAUUAUGGCGCUCAAGAACUUCAUGCUUAUCUUUCCGGAGAAUGUAUAGAAUGCGUUAGUUGUUCGAACAACACAAUUCGAGCAGCAUGCACAUCAAAAUUCAUCGACAUUGAUACUUUGUGCGAAGUUCUAAACUACCGGAUGACCGAUCCAUCAUUUUAUAUUGUGUCUCCAGCUGUUUUAAAAAAUUUCCCACAUAUUCGAGUUUACGAUCCCGAUUGCGAGGACUUUACACUUCAUGAAGUUAAAGUACCAUCAUCUACGACAGCAAAAAUAUUUAUUCCAAGCCUAGAAUGUGGUAGCAUCAUGUUAGUGGUGGAGGGCGAAGGCAUCAUCGAAAGUUUUUCUGUGAAACAGAAAGCACGAAAAUCUCUGACGGUGAGGCGUGGCGAUGUAAUUUAUAUAGAAUCAUGUGCCCAACUAUGCUUCAUGGAAUGCACUCAAGACAUCUUAGCAUAUAGAACGUUUAGCUAUGAGGAAGGACCUGACCAUUUGCUUUACAACACUGAUGGUAAGACAAUGUCGCAGACGACUCGUGUCACAGCUCCAAUGAAGGGUCGUAUCAAGCCUUUAAUUAUGGAUGAUGAUGCGGAAAUGUUUGAUAUUGAGAAUGAAAUGGAUGGAAUCUGCUAA